AUGACCACCGCCACGGCGCCGAAACCUGCCACCGAGCAACGGGUGGUCAGUGGCAACGGCACCGGCGGCACGGCGGCGGCCGCAGCCAUCACGAAGCAGUGGUGGAAGGUGUGCUUCCUGUACGGCAACCAGGACAAGUACUACCGCCAGAUCUACGGGAAGGCCGCCUCGGAGCGGUUGGCCGCCGCGAGCGCCAAACAGUCGGUGGCCUCCGCCACUCCGCCGGCCCUCCGCCACCACGCGGACGCGGACUUCCAGUUCCACAACAGUGCGCCGGUCGUCAAAUCGGCUUCCUCACGCUCGAGCGUGGCCAUGCCGUCGGUCGCGACUGCUGCUGCGCCGGUGGAGGAACGCGUCCCGUCUCGUGCACCACCGAACCACUCGGGAAUCCUGCGGAAGCGGGUGACGGUGUUGGACGAGUCGUUUCUACUGGGCAUGCCGACCAGCCCGGACCAGCAGUCGGUGGACGAGCAGCGCUCGGACAGUGGCAUCAACGUGGACGCCCGGCAACCGUCGCCUCCGGUCGAGCAUCUACGGGCCGGCAUGCGCCGGACAUUCCAUCUGAGCAGCGAAGAGCUGCAGAUGCUCAACUUUGACCAGCAACAACCAGCGUCGUUGGAUCUGGCGGACCAUCCGGUUGGGCUGCCACGAUGUGCCGCCCCGGUCAGCUCGUUCUUCAACGGCAACGGCAUCAUCCCGAGCCGUCAGCAACACAUUAGGACCACCGGCCAUCCAUCAUCGUCAGCGUUGUCGCCGGCGGCGGCAGCGGUGGCCCGAGGUUCCGGCGCCAAUGGAAUGUUGUUGGGUGGAGUUCCUCCAUCAACGGCAGCAAUACUCGUACCAAACAACAAUGACGUGUCAUCGUUGCUCACAUCAGUACAAAUGUAUCCAUACCAAAAAGCGAAUCCCGCGGUUCAGCAACAUCAUCAACAGCAGCAGCAGCAGCAUCAGCAAUCAUCGCUAGAGCAUCCCUACUAUCAGUAUGACGGUUGCCGGAGUCCGAUGCGUAGCCCGCAGUCGCCACCCAACCUGCACAGCGCCAAACCGCUGCCGCACCUGCCCAGCAUCCAGCAGGCAGCUCAGCCGUUUCAAUAUCCGUCGGCACAGCAGCAACCGGGCGGAGGCCCCAGCAUCCAGCAGCAGCAGCACCAUCAUCAGCAACCGGCUAUGGGGCCGAUGGGCCUCCCAGCAGCCGCUGGAGGAAGCGGCGGGGAUUGCUUUAUGCUGCCGCCGUUGCAGACCGAUGGCUUACCGGCAUCGGCGUCCACUUCCUGCGGCCCCACCAACACGAACACGGCGCGCCAUUUCUAUCCCCACCAUCAGCAGCAGCAUCCGCAGUCUUAUCCGUCGAUCGUAGCGUCCCACCAACCGUACGGUUCGCUUCCCUCGUCUGGAACGGCUCUAGUGGGACCGCCGUUGCCACACCACCACCACGCACCGUCGUCCUACCCGAUCGGUGGUCCCUCGUCGCUGCACGCGGCGCACUUGCAGCUCGACGCGGCCGGACCAACGCGAGGCGGCAACGGGGCAGCCGCGGUGGGCCCGGUAGCGGCCGGACCGGCAGCAGGCGUCGGUCAGGGGCCGGUAGCCGGUGGCAUGGUAGCGGGAGGUCAUAACUACUCGCAGUCGGAUGAUGAUAGUGGCUGCGCGCUCGAAGAGUACACCUGGGUGCCGCCAGGACUGCGCCCGGAUCAGGUGCACCUGUACUUCUCGGCCAUCCCGGAGGACAAGGUGCCGUACGUGAACAGCAUCGGUGAGAGACACCGGGUACGACAGCUGCUCCAACAACUUCCGCCGCACGAUAAUGAGGUCCGCUACUGCCACUCCCUGACGGAUGAAGAAAGGAAAGAACUGAAGCUCUUUUCGGCGCAACGCAAACGGGAAGCACUGGGCCGUGGCACCGUGAAACAACUAUCGACGACGCUGAUAUGUGAACGCUGCGGUGAGUGUGCGUCGUCAGGCGACAUGAUGGUGUUUGCUUCGCGAUUUGAGCCCAACACGUGCUGGCACCCGGCCUGCUUCGCCUGCUGCGUCUGCAAGGAGCUGUUGGUCGAUCUGAUCUACUUCCACCGCGAAGGGCGUCUGUAUUGUGGUCGGCACCAUGCCGAAACACUCAAACCACGGUGUUCAGCUUGCGAUGAGAUUAUCCUGGCCGACGAGUGCACGGAAGCGGAGGGGCGUGCGUGGCAUAUCAAACAUUUCGCCUGCUUCGAGUGUGACAAGCAGUUGGGCGGACAAAGAUACAUCAUGAGAGAUGGAAAGCCAUACUGUUUGCACUGUUUUGACGCCAUGUUUGCCGAGUACUGUGACUUCUGUAGCGAGCCAAUCGGUGUGGAUCAAGGGCAGAUGAGCCACGAUGGGCAGCAUUGGCACGCGACGGAGCAAUGCUUUGCCUGCACCACGUGUCGCUGCUCAUUGCUGGGUCGGCCAUUCUUACCACGGCGUGGCGAAAUCUACUGCUCCAUAGCGUGUAGUAAAGGGGAGCCUCCGACACCAUCGGAAGGCUCUUUGCAGGCAGCCACAACGAUGCUACACUGCAAUUCGGACGGAAAUGUUCGUCACCACCGGUCCAUGCUGGCAAACGUCGGUGGAACGGAGCAUAAACGCAUAAUGGAUAGCAACGACGAGCACUCGAGAACGUACUCUCCCGGUAUGCCAAAAUCACACGAUUCGCUUAAAAGUCCCGAGGGUGACGGUGGCAAAUCGCCGCAAACUGAACACUCGGGGUCGGCGAGCGGUGAGCACAACUUUGACGAUAAUGGUAACGACGAGAUGACGGUGUCCUGCUACACGGCAGCCACUACGGCCACAUCAACGUCGGCAGCUACAGGAAACACUAGCACAACGUUAGCCACCCUUACGACAAACACUCACGAGUCGUGCGGGGCCAUGGAAGACGAAGUACAAAACCACCCGGGGGACGUGGAUCGUCACCAGCGUGUGACGGGAAACUCGAACCGGAAUCGCAUCCCACAGUGUUCUCCCGAGUUGAACAGAUUGCUGCAAAAAGAUCGAUGCCGGCAGCCGUUCGAUCUUACCGAUGUUGGGUUAUGUCUCGAGCAGCACUGGCACACGGAGCGUGUGGGUAGCGACAUGGUGGCGAGAACUGCAACCGACAGUACCGUCGGUGGAACAUCGCACGCUAGUAGCAUUGUCACGGCUGCCGGUCCGAUCCUAACAUCCUCAAUGCCGGAACUGACCCGCUGCAUGCACGUUUCGUCGCCCAGCUUCAGCGAUGCCAACAGCCCGCUGCCAACAGAAAAAAGCCACGCGGUGUGCAUAGAAGAUGUCGAUGAACAGAACCAAAACGCCUCGGAUGCUUCCCAUUCGAUCGUGGAGCUUCCGACCCCGCCACCCAUAGUAAUUAAAAAAGAGGUACGAUUCGAAGGGGACUUCCAAGACUCGCUACCACGAACAAAGAGCCACUGUCAGCGUGGAGGGCAGCGAAGUCGGACGUCAAAGUCAUCCAAACGUAGGUCGGAUUACGAUCGGAGCGAUAGCACAACGGGAUCAUCGUCCAGGCGCCAUCACAAUCAGCACGAUCAACCGAAACAGUCGCAACACGAUCGUCACGAACGCCACGGUGGCUCCUCCUCGCGACGCUCACCCAGGCGACGCCGUACUGCGGCCGAUGCCCAUCGUCAUCGGAGAAGCUACGGUUCGGACGACGACGAACCAGCGGAAGACGAAACUGACCACGUGCGAUACAAUCACUACCGAGAUGGGCCACAGCAACGGCAAUCGGUCGCGGAUUCAGAUACUCACAGCAUUUGCUCCACAUGUUCCUCCAGCUCUUCCAGCGCGGAUGAUGAUGUGUAUGAAUUGCCGGCACGGCGCACUUCCUACGGAGGUACACGGAUUCACUACAUGCCAAACAACUCACUGGCUUGCGCACGCAAGCGCAAGCAACUUCAAAUGGCGACCGGUGUCGGUAGCCAGCACUAUGAGAAGGACAAUAAGAAUUGUAUCAUAUCGUAA